CAAGACGUUAUGCUUCUGUGAGAGGAAAUUAUUUGGGGGGACGUACAUAGUGACCCAUUAUUCCAAGUCAUCAUCAUUACCUUCAUUUUGUGCAGUUUGCCCUAAUCCUCUCCCAACACAUGGCCCAGAUGUGGCCAAUUCUGGCUGAGUUCCUUCUUUUCCUAAUUAAAAUGGUUCAAGGGCCAGCUGACAGUACAGUGUCUACAGUGGUGGGCACCAGGGCUGUGCUGAGAUGCCCUAACACCUCAAUAUCAUCUCUCAUUUUGGUAAUAUGGAAAAUAAGACCAAAGAGUGGAAGUCACUGCUCGUUGGCAUAUAGAGCUGAUGCCAAUAAGAUAGACAGAACAAACUGCAAUGAGAGAAUGACUUGGGAAUCUAGUCCUGACCAUGACCCUGCCCUUCAGAUUCAACCUGUGCAACUUGCUGAUGAGGGUAAUUACACCUGUGAAAUUGCAACUGGUGAUGGGACUUUUUGCCUAACCUCUGCUCUCACUGUGUUAGUCCCUCCUGUGGUGACUCUGACUCAUGAUAGCAAUGGGAUCAUUGUGUGCCAGGCAUCUGCAGGGAAACCAGCUGCAGAAAUCUCAUGGGCCCAAGGGAAUGGUCACAGCACUGAGAACAAAACUCAUCACAUCAAUGAAACAGUGACCACACUCAGCAGUAUGCCUAUGAUCAACAGCACCAAUGCUCACCUGACCUGCUUAGUUACCCAUCCAGCCAUGAACCAGACCCAGACUCUAGAACUAUCAUCAAAACUUUCUGCGGACAUGACACUUUCACCUAUACUCCGUUAUUUCCUUAUAUGCACCUCUUCAUGUGUCGCUGUUGCAGUUAUUGCUCUGAUUUUAUACCGGACUUUAAAACGUAGAGGUAGCUCCUCCUGGUUAUCUGGACUGGCAGAUGCUGCCACAGUGCCGAAAACAACUGGGAAUAACCUCACACUCGCAUCCAGGCCUGGGACAGUUAACACGACUAACUCUUCCACUGUAGAAAGUAUCUAUCAGAAUUACAGUGUACAGAACAUGCAUAAAAAUAUUAAUUCUCUAAAAACACAAAGGCAACGAGUCUAG